ACAAGCAUACAGUUAAUGGUGUGUGUGAUUCUAACAUACGCACAUACACGCAUCUAAUGGUAGUCCAAAACAGCAGCUUGCUUCCCGGCUUCAGUCUCACUCUUGGCUCUUUUCUUCCUCGCUCAUUUGUUGUUUCUUUCCCUGCUUUGCUUCUUGUCUUGUUCUCUUCCUGCUUUCCCGUAGAUUUUUAUCUCAUGACCAGUUUGAUUUUCUUUCUCCCUGUUUCUCUGAAUUGUCCAUCCUUUUCUCUCCAUCACUCCUCCUUCUCAUCCUCUCUUUUCAUCUUGUAUCACCUCUCUCUCCAACCUGCCCUCAAUUUCUCCCUUUCGUUGUUUCUCUCAAUCUCUUUACUCUAUCCGUUUCUCUUCUUACCCCUCCAUCGCUCCCUUUAAUCUGAAAUGGAGGGAUAGGGAUUUUUAAAUCCCUUGUGUUUGUCCCCUCUAAUUCUCUCUAUCUCUCCUCCCUCUCUCUGUCUAUCUCUCCCCCUCUUUCUCUAUCUGUCUCUCCCCCUCUCUCUCUGUCUGUCUGCAUCUCACCCCCCUACGUAGAUGUAGUCAUUUGAAUGCUGUAACAAGCCUUGCUCUAGGGACAGAGAGGAGGAGAGAAGGAGAGGGGUAGCGAGAUAGGGGAUUUAAGAAGGGGUCAAAUUGAGAGUUGAUGAGUGAGUAGGAGCGAGAGGGAGAAAGACAGAGUAAUGCACGCAUGAACUCUUUUCUGUUCAGACACAGAAGUGGACUAGGUUAAUGUUUGUUUUAGGCGACCUUAAACGCAGAUCAGGAUGUUGUUUAUGGGAUUUUGGAUCUUCUGAGUGUGGCUUAGAGGUUCUACUGUAUGUUUCAUCUCUGAUAUGAACAUCACUUCAGACCACGAUGUGACUGGGUGAUGGGACCUCCUGGACCCCUCCUCAGAACUCUAAUCUCGGGUGGGACCUUUGGAUCUCCAAAGAAAGGGGGAAGGGAGAGAGAGAGAAAGACAGACAGAAAAAAUAGGAACAAGAUAAAUAGAAUAGAGAGGGAGGGAAAAGAGAAGGAGGGUCAAGAGUGUUACUUCACACUCCGAGGAUAGGGGAUGGGAAAUUGUACUAAGCCAUCCAUGAAAAACAAAAUGAAGGACAGGGACCUACGACCAGAGGAGAUUGAAGAGCUUCGCGAGGCGUUUGUGGAGUUUGAUAGGAAGAAGAAUGGUUAUGUCAGCUACAAGGACCUGGGAGAGUGCAUGAGGACCAUGGGCUACAUGCCCACAGAGAUGGAGCUCAUCGAGCUGGGCCAGUCCAUCUGUGGCGGCAAACUAGACUUUGAUGACUUUGUUGAGCUGAUGGGCCCAAAGAUGCUGGCAGAGACAGCAGACAUGAUCGGAGUGAAAGAACUGAGAGAUGCAUUCAAGGAGUUUGAUGCUAACAGUGAUGGUCAAAUCAGUAUAAUGGAACUGAGGGAGGCCAUGAAGAAGCUGAUGGGAGAACAGCUGACCAACAGAGAGAUCGACGAGAUCCUCCGAGACGUGGAUCUCAACCAGGACGGACUGGUCGACUUUGAGGAAUUUGUUCGAAUGAUGUCACGCUGAGAUAACCAUAUGGUUGUUGUGCAACAACUGGAAAAGGGACCACUACAUUUGUAGUGAACAACUGGAAAAGGGACCACUACAUUUGUAGUGAAGAACUGGAAAAGGGACCACUACAUUUGUAGUGAACAUUCUUGUUCUACUGACUGGACCUCGGUUUGUUAUUUUUUGUCAAGCAGCACUUAAAUUGAGUGAACACUUAAUAGUAGUUCUACAAAUCUUGUAACUCAAGCUGUGACAGUUAAAUUGAACAUUGAUUGGUUGUAACAUAUCAAAAUCCUAAUGCUUGGCUGUCUCUUAUGAGUAUCUCUUAUCUUUUUAAAGUGUCUUUUUUUUUAAGUGAAUGUUUUUACUCUGAUUGUAUGUGUGUUCAAAGGUUUAAUCUCGUUUGUAAAAUGUGACGUUAUUUUCAAAUAAAAAGUUGUCUGUGUUGUUUUUA